GUUCCUUGUUUACUACAGAUGAGUUCAACGUGGUUAUAGUGUUGUGUUUAGCUCACCUAACUUUCAAUAGUAGUGGAGACGUUUACAUUUUCAAACAUGAUGUGGGAAACCUUAAAGAAAUGCCCCAGUCCUUUGUUAGUAUGUGAAAAGUCUAGCUUUAAGAACACAAAUUCACGACAUUUGAUUCAUGUGCAGCAGCACUACUUCAAUUACAGAGUAUCUGUUUUAAUACCAGAGUGCAGUGCACUUUCUCAGAAACUUGACAGUAUCAUUAAGGACUUGGGAAGCUAUGACCUGGUGAAAGAUGUACCUCUCCACAAACUUGUUUGUGAGGAAUUCAUUACCACUUUCUUGAGCAAAGGUUCAUUUUAUGCUCUGUCCUACAGUACAAGAAUUGAUCAAGAUAAUGCUGCUGCUCUGCUACCAACAGGCAAGCUUAUUAUAUCAAUGGAUAAGGACAAGGAAGAGCUUGGAUUGGAAGGACAAUCAUCUUGUUAUUCUCAUAAAACACCUAUGCGAUAUGUGAUCUCUAUGGAUCUAACAGCAUCAUCUUUUGCCCCAGGUGGAAACCGGUAUAAGAGAGUAAUGUGGGCUCUAGCAGAAAAGAAGCCACUGAAGUUUGACUUUUUGAUGGCUUGGAAUCCAUCAGAUGACAGAAGAGCAAAUUUAAUUUCAUACUUUUCUGCAUACCAGUUAAAGGAAUACCAGUCAAGUGUAGCUAUUAAAACACUGAAAGACAUUGAAUGCCCAGUUCUACAGAGCAGUGACCUAAGAGAAACUUCCACUGAAUCAUAUGAUGCACAAGAAUUUUCUGACUGGCAAGGUGUAGUGUUUAAUGAGAUUGAGAGCAAAAAUGACUUUGGUAACUUCCUGUCAACCUACUGUUGUCCAGAUCCUAAUAUUGUUGUUGACCAGGCUACCCUGUGUACCAUCACUGGAUUUAUCCUUCCAGAGAAGAUACACCUGUUAUUGGAGAGUCUGUGCCAUUAUUUUACUGAACCAAAGCUUACACCAUGGGCAGUCCUAGCAGUGCACGGUUUUGCAGACAGUCCAGUGACCUGGAGAGAAGAUGAGCAUGGUUUCCAUAAAGGUGGAGAGAACCUUUAUAGUUUUGUUGUGUUUAGAAAUCAUGACUAUUGGCUUCAAAUGGCAGUAGGUGCCAAUGAUGGUUGCCCACCUUAAGAUGAUGGAUUUUAUGAAGAAGUGUCUUACAUCUGGGUUCAAAAACUAUCCUAAAUUCACCUUAAGUUGAUGGAUUUUAUGAAGAAACAUCUUACAAAUGGAUUCUAAGCCUGGCCUGGACAGUAGCAUUGUUUAAAGGCAACUGCUUUAUAUGCAGUGGAUUUAUUUUAAAUGGAAAUAUUUUGUUUUUUAGUAUCACUUUAUUUUAGGGAAGUAUUAAACAAUAUCUAGUCAUA